CAUGCUCAAGUGCAUCCCGCUCUGGCGCUGCAACCGGCACGUGGAGUCGGUAGACAAGCGGCACUGCUCGCUGCAGGCCGUGCCCGAGGAGAUCUACCGGUACAGCCGCAGCUUGGAGGAGCUGCUCCUCGACGCCAACCAGCUGCGCGAGCUGCCCAAGCCCUUCUUUAGGCUACUGAACCUGCGCAAGCUGGGCCUGAGUGACAACGAGAUCCAGCGGUUGCCUCCGGAGGUGGCCAACUUCAUGCAGCUGGUGGAGUUGGAUGUGUCCCGGAACGACAUCCCUGAGAUUCCUGAGAGCAUCAAGUUCUGCAAAGCUCUGGAGAUUGCUGACUUCAGUGGGAAUCCCUUGUCCAGGCUCCCCGAAGGCUUCACUCAGCUACGCAGUCUGGCUCACCUGGCGCUAAAUGACGUGUCCCUGCAGGCGCUGCCUGGGGACGUGGGCAACCUUGCCAACCUGGUGACCCUGGAGCUCCGGGAGAAUCUGCUCAAGUCCCUGCCUGCGUCCCUGUCUUUCCUGGUCAAGCUGGAACAGCUGGAUUUGGGAGGCAACGAUCUGGAAGUGCUGCCUGACACCCUGGGGGCCCUGCCCAACCUGAGGGAGCUGUGGCUGGACCGGAACCAGCUAUCUGCCCUGCCCCCGGAGCUCGGGAAUCUCCGGCGCCUGGUGUGCCUGGACGUGUCUGAGAACCGGCUGGAGGAGCUGCCUGCAGAGCUCGGGGGGCUGGUGCUGCUCACUGACCUGCUGCUCUCCCAGAAUCUGCUGCAGCGGCUUCCCGACGGCAUUGGUCAGCUGAAGCAGUUGUCCAUCUUGAAGGUGGACCAGAAUCGCCUGUGCGAGGUGACAGAAGCCAUCGGGGACUGUGAGAACCUGUCGGAGCUGAUCCUCACAGAGAACCUGCUGACGGCCCUGCCCCACUCCUUGGGGAAACUGACCAAGCUGACCAACCUCAACGUGGACCGGAACCACCUAGAGGUACUGCCACCUGAGAUUGGGGGCUGCGUGGCACUCAGCGUCCUCUCUUUGAGGGACAACCGCCUGGCCGUCCUGCCACCAGAGCUUGCCCACACAGCUGAGCUACACGUGCUGGAUGUGGCGGGCAACCGGCUGCAGAGUCUGCCAUUCGCACUCACGCACCUCAACCUGAAGGCCUUGUGGCUAGCAGAGAACCAGGCACAGCCCAUGCUUCGGUUCCAGACCGAGGAUGACGCCCAGACAGGCGAGAAGGUGCUCACCUGCUACCUGCUGCCUCAGCAGCCGCUGCCCAGCCUUGAGGACCCUGGGCUGCGGAGCAGCCCUUCGGAAAGCUGGGGUGACGCCCCGCUCAGCCGUGUCAGCGUCAUCCAGUUCCUGGAGGCCCCCGUGGGUGACGACGACCCGGAGGAAGCCGCUGCUGAGAAACGGGGUCUGCAGCGUCGGGCUACGCCACACCCCAGCGAGCUCAAGGUGAUGAAGAGGGGUGUGGAGCGCCGGAGCGAAGUCACCUCCUGCAGGCCUGACCCUGUGCCACCCUCACCCUCCGAGGAGGAGAAGAGGCUGAGCAUUGAGUCUGGCCUGAGUGCAGACUCGCACUUGUCUGCCGGCACAGCCUCCCAGGGUGAGCCUGAGGGCCCGCUGGCUGAGGAGGAGGGGCUGAGCCAGCAGGAACCCAUGCCAGCCACCCAGGAGGAGGUCAUGGAGGAGACCUACGAGGAGCCCACCGUGCGCUUCGCGGAGGACACGCUGCUCCUGCCCAGGGAGGAUGGCGAGAGUGAGGAGGGCCAGCCAGAGGCGCCCUGGCCCCUGCCAGGGGGCAGACAGAGGCUCAUCCGCAAAGACACGCCCCACUACAAGAAGCACUUCAAGAUCUCCAAGCUGCCCCAGCCUGAGGCCGUGGUGGCCCUCCUGCAGGGGACACCGCCAGACAGUGAGGGCCCGGUGGGGGCUGGGGGCUGGCACAACGGCCCCCACAUGUCCUGGGCUCCGAGAGCAGAGGAAGAGGAGGAAGGCGAGGCUGAGGAGGAAGAGGAGGGGGCGGCGGCAGUGGCGGCGGAGGAGAAGGCGGCCGCCUCUGCACCCUCUGUCAAGGGGGUGUCGUUUGACCAGGCCAAUAACCUGCUGAUAGAGCCCGCUCGCAUUGAGGAGGAAGAGCUGACGCUCACCAUUGUGCGGCAGACGGGGGGCCUGGGCAUCAGCAUUGCGGGUGGAAAGGGCUCCACGCCCUAUAAGGGGGAUGACGAGGGCAUUUUCAUUUCCCGGGUGUCUGAGGAGGGCCCUGCGGCUCGGGCUGGGGUCCGAGUAGGUGACAAGCUCCUUGAGGUGAACGGCGUGGCCCUGCAGGACGCGGAGCACCAGCAGGCCGUGGAGGCGCUGCGUGGGGCGGGCGCCACUGUCCACAUGCGGCUGUGGCGGGAGCGCAUGGUGGAGCCUGAGAACGCGGUCACCAUCACGGCCCUGCGGCCCGAGGACGACUACAGCCCGCGGGAGCGGCGAGGGGGCAGCCUGCGCCUUCCCCUGCUCCCGCCCGAGCCCCCCAGGCCCCCCCGCCAGCGCCACGUGGCCUGCCUCGUGCGCAGCGAGAAGGGGCUGGGCUUCAGCAUCGCAGGCGGGAAAGGCUCCACGCCCUACCGGGCCGGCGACGGGGGCAUCUUCAUCUCCCGCAUCGCUGAGGGGGGCGCCGCCCACCGGGCAGGCACCCUGCAGGUCGGCGACCGCGUCCUUUCUAUCAACGGGGUGGACAUGACCGAGGCCAGGCACGACCAUGCCGUCUCCCUGCUGACCGCCGCCUCGCCCACCAUCGCCCUGUUACUGGAGCGGGAGGCUGGGGGGCCCCUCGCCCCGAGCCCUCCGCCCCACUCCUCCCCACCCCCCACUGCUGCCCCAGGGGAGCCUGGGCCUCUGAGGCUGUCCCCUGGUUUGCUGGCCGCUGCCCUGGAGGGGCCGUACCCAGUGGAGGAGAUCUGUCUGCCCAGAGCGGGGGGCCCCUUGGGGCUCAGCAUCGUUGGGGGCUCCGACCACUCCAGCCACCCAUUCGGUGUCCAGGAGCCUGGCGUGUUCAUUUCUAAGGUGCUCCCGCGGGGCCUGGCUGCACGCAGCGGCCUGCGGGUCGGGGACCGCAUCCUGGCAGUGAAUGGGCAGGAUGUGCGGGAGGCCACGCACCAGGAAGCGGUCAGCGCCCUGCUCCGGCCCUGCCUGGAGCUGGUACUGCUCGUGCGGAGGGACCCGCCGCCCCCGGGCAUGCGGGAACUCUGCAUCCAGAAGGCCCCCGGGGAGAGGCUGGGCAUCAGCAUCCGUGGGGGCGCCAAGGGCCACGCCGGAAACCCCUGCGACCCCACUGAUGAGGGUAUUUUCAUCUCCAAGGUGAGCCCCACGGGAGCAGCUGGGCGAGACGGCCGUCUGCGGGUGGGGCUGCGGCUGCUGGAGGUGAACCAGCAGAGCCUACUGGGCCUGACACACGGCGAGGCCGUGCAACUGCUGCGCAGCGUGGGCGACACCCUGACUGUGCUGGUCUGCGAUGGCUUCGACACCAGCACUGCCGCCCCCGAGGUGUCCCCAGGCGUCAUCGCCAACCCCUUCGCUGCUGGCCUUGGCCGUCGGAACAGCCUGGAAAGCAUCUCCUCCAUCGACCGGGAGCUGAGCCCUGAGGGCCCCGCCAAGGAGAAGGAGCUGCCCGGACAGAUCCCACUGUGGGGCCCGGAGGCCACGGGUUGGAGCCCAGAGAGCCUGAAACCAGCCUGCCAAGUCCCAGCUGCCACCCCUGGCACCGGCAGCGUGCAGAGGGUCAGUCCCUGGUCGUCACACCCCUGUCCCGGCCUCUGCCCACUUGUCCGUCAGUCCUACCCCCGUCUUACCUCCUUCCCUUCACCUGAGGCCUUGCAGGACAGAGCUCUGCCAGCAUUCUGCCCCCCCGGGGAGAGGGCUGAGGGCCUCAAAGGGCCCUCGUGCGGGGCAGGGACUGGCCAGGGUGCCCGAGCUGGAGCGCCACCCCCAGCCUGGCAUGUGUCUGUCUUCCUCCAAGGCAGACUGGAGGCAGAGCAGAGGGCUGUGGGCCCAGGGGCCACCGGAGGAGCCGUCAUAGGGGAGCAGGCUGGGAGGCGGGCCUGCACUGCAGUGGGGGCAGGGCCCUGGGCGCAGGCCUGUGGUUCUCAGCCCUUGCCUGGAGGGCGGGCUGCCCAGUACCAGCUGCUGCUGGGAGACCCCGCAGGGCUGGGGCCCCCAGCCCUGCCUGGAAGUGGAGAGAUGGCUGAGGUCCCCUGCUCCCCUGGCCACCAGCAGCCCCCGUCCCCGCCCUCCCCUGCUGAGCUGCCGGCCAACGUGAAGCAAGCCUAUAGGACAUUCGCGGCUGUGCCCGGCCUACACCCACCUCUGGACACCCCUGCCCAGCCCCCCAUGCCUGGGCCCACGGCCUCGCCGGAGCAGCUGUCCUUCCGCGAGCGGCAGAAAUACUUCGAGCUGGAGAUGCGGGUGCCCCAGGCCGAGGGCCCCCCUAAGCGCGUGUCGCUGGUGGGCGCUGACGACCUGCGGAAGAUGCAGGAGGAGGAGGCCCGCAAGCUACAGCAGAAGAGGGCACAGAUGCUGCGCGAGGCAGCGGCUGACACGGUGCACCCAGAAGCUGAUGCUCCCGAGGACGAGGAGCCUGAGGAGGAGCCACCCUGGGCCGGCCAGGGCCCCGCGGCUGAAGGGCUCGGCCCCGCGUCUCCCCCACCGCAGGGAGGCGGGGCCCCAGUGCGGACGGCCAAGGCCGAGCGGCGCCAUCAGGAGCGGCUUCGCGUGCAGAGCCCCGAGCUGCCGGCCCCAGAGCGGGCCCUGUCCCCAGCUGAGCGCCGCGCCCUGGAGGCGGAGAAGCGGGCGCUGUGGAGGGCGGCCAGGAUGAAGUCUCUGGAGCAGGACGCCCUCCGCGCACAGAUGGUCCUCAGCAAGUCCCAGGAGGGCCGAAGCAAGCGGGGGCCCCUGGAGCGCCUGGCCGAGGCCCCCUCGCCCGCGCCCACCCCGUCACCCACCCCCUUGGAAGACCUCGGCCCCCAGACCGGCACCUCCCCAGGACGAUUGGCCUUGUCUGGGAGGAAGUUUGACUACAGGGUGUUUGCCGCCCUCCCCUCUUCCAGACCUGUCUAUGACAUGCAGUCCCCAGAUUUCACUGAGGAGCUGAGGUCCUUGGAACCACCUCCAAGCCCCGGUCUGCCAGAGGAGGAUGGAGAGGUGGCCAUGGUGCUUCUGGGCAGGCCCUCUCCAGGCUCCGCGGGUCCCGAGGAGGUGGCCUUGUGCAGCAGCCGCCGGGCUGUGCGGCCAGGGCGCCGGGGCCUGGGCCCAGUACCCUCCUAGAGGGGUGGGGUGCCUCCCCCGACUUGGGGUGGGGGCCCUGCCAGCGCCAACACCACCCUCGCCCCGAGUCUUUUAACCCGGCCGGUAGCAUUUUAAAGAGGUCCCCUGAGGAGUUCUGGCCACUGACUAACUGCCCCCUCCCCAGCCGGGACCUCCUGGCGAGACUGUAACUAGUGAUGUUUGUACAACCAAAGACUCUAUUUUGUGGUUUAAGGAGAAUAAAAUUGACUACGUUUUA